AUGCGUUUUGAUGAUGAUGAUGAUGAUGCUGGGAGGAAGACCAACACCAACACCAACACCAAGAGCGGUUGUUCUACUUCAUCUUGCGCGGAACUGUUGGUGUACGACUUCGACGGAACCUUGGUAAAUACGCCGACACCUCGCGAAGGCAAAAUCAUGUACGAGAACAAAAUCGGACAAGCGUGGCCGCACGUUGGGUGGUGGGGGAGACAAGAGAGCUUGGAGCCGCCUUUAGAGGUCGGUCCCGGACCGGCGUGGGCGAGUUACGUAGAGAACCGAACGCGGACGGAUUGCGUGCGAAUUAUGAUGACGGGGAGAGUUGAGAAGCUGAGCAGGAGAGUGACGGAGUGCUUGCGCAUGUUGGAAGGCGCGACCGAGACUUUGUGUUUUCACGAGUUAGUUUUUAAGAAAGGGAACGGGGAUACGUUGGAGUAUAAGUGCGAGGAGUUGCGGAGGAUGGUGCGAGCGUACGGGCCGAAGAAGGUGAGGAUUUGGGAAGACAGGGUGAAACACGCGGAAGGAUUUAGAGAGUUCGGGAAGAGGGAGUUCGCAGAGAUUGUUUUCGAGGUGACGCUCGUCGAACCGUCGAACGAUUACUAG